AUGAAGAGCAAUAUAGAGAAGACCAUUCAUACUGUAUUCUCUGGUUUAAAUCCUUCACAUGCAUGUGGCUUUGAACAGACUGGUUUCCUGGAUAUAUGGGAAGCAGCUACGUUAUCUAUUGAGAGAGAAGUAAACAAAGCUUCUUCUUCUACAAUGUUGACGAAGGACAAAACAACGAAAUUGUUGUCGGUGAGAAACCGAAGAUGUUUCAAGAAACUCUCUUCCGUAUCAAAGAAGACAACAAAUCUUGCUAUGAGAGAACAGACCAUGUUUAAGAAAGCCUCGGAGCUUUCAAUCCUGUGCGAUGUCGAGGUCUGUGUUAUAUACUACAACCGUGACGGAGAACUCGUCAGGACAUGGCCGGAAGAUCAAUCCAAGGUUCGAGACAUGGCAGAGAGAUUCAGCAAACUAAGCGAUAGAGAGAGACGCAAGAAAAGCACAAACCUUUCUCAGUUUCUGAAUAAGAAGAAGACGACCCUCAAAUACAAGAAGAAGACAUCUUUUGAUAUCACGGAGGACAACAAAUUCUCUGAGAAACUUUUGGAGAUGGAGGCUUCGUUAGAGAGUUCUCUACGGGUGUGUCAAGAUCAGCUUCUUCGGGUGUUACAGAACCAGACGAAACCCCCCGAUCAGAACCCUCCUCCUGUGGUGUCUUCCGCCGGCUUCUUCACACCAGAUCCAUCAUUGAUGAGCGGAACAGAGCAAUACCUAUCGACCCCAUCAUUGACUCAACAACAUCAGAGCAAAGUUUCAGUCUUUCUCUAUAACCAUGACAACGGUAGCUUCUGUCAACUCCCUGACUCCUCUGUUUCUACCUUUGACCCAUCGACGAUGUUAGAUUAUGUGUUUUGA